AAUUACGACAUUAUGUCAGUGCAUUUCCAAUUUACUCAAACAGAAAGCGAUUAAAAUUUUGUGUUAAUUAUAAGAAAGUAGAAACAAAUUUGUGUGUUUAAUCACACAUUCACACAUGCCUGCUUUCUACAGUCUGGUAAUUGGUAAUAGGACAACACCGCUCAUUAACGACAUUCGCAUUUCGCAGUUCGGAUUUCGGAAGGUCGUCUGCACUCUGCAGGACUGCAAAAGCUGUUUUUGUAAGGUUUAGGUGUCACAGUCAACACAAACAGCAUUGACGGUAAGGCUGGCAUGAGUAUUAUAUUGCUGCCAAGUUGCAAUCUGAGUUGUAUGAUUCUAGUGAGCAUUUGGUAUAACGCGGCCACGGGUGUCUCGUUAUACCUUCUAAGUUCUAACGUGAUUGUAAAACAAUCAAAUGAAGUAAAUGUUUACGGGGUAUAACCACAGCGGAUGACAAGGGGCGGGUCCGCGCAUUCCUCUCCCGUCAAUGUCAAUUUUGUUUCAUUUUCAAGGUAAACUUGCCAUAUGAUGGGCAUGCUGGGCGAUUUGGCGGGCAGGGAUCGGCUGCUUAUUUGUUUGUCAAAAAGAAAAAAAGGUCGGUCGAAAGAAAUGUUUUCCGGUGAUGAAAUUGGUCUCUGCGCCAAUUACGAUCUAAUGUUUUGAUCUCUCUCUUUUUUAUUAUUCAAAUUCGCAUAUUUCCCAGAGUCUCACGACAAGAGACUUAUUUUUCACACACGCGCUAGACCUGUUUUUACUUGCCGUCGUCCUUGACGUCCGUGUGUGUUUUAUCGUGAUUGGUUCUUUCGUUAGUCGUUAGAGAAAUCCGCUAAGUGAUAAAACGUUGGCCUGUAAUUCAAUCAAUCCUCAGCAUUCUGCAUUAUUUGGGAAUGCAGGCCAACUAGGAUUUCUUAAUCAAUAACCCAUCCUCGCCCAUCCUAGCAUACAAUGAAAACAUUAUUAAAUGGCAUAAUGAGUUAAUGACUUCCUAUUUCCGAUUUGGUGUGGGUCUCCUUAGUCUCUUAUUGAACAUGUGUAGCGAUUAAUGAGAGAGGGUUAUAUCUGAAUGAAAUCAAUUACCGCAUUCAUCUAUAGUAAUUACAGGGCAGGUAAAUUUAACGCAAAAGUUUAAAAACAACUUAAUACGUGAAAUUGUGUAACUGUUCAUUAAAGCGAACUUUAUCAUAUUUUAUUUCUUCGCCGGAGCAACUCUGUAUUGUGAUGUAAUAAUUCGUAUAUAAGUGGGUGCAAAGAAUUGGAUAUUAGGCUCGAUAACCUUGGGAAAGGGUGAUUCAGGCAAUAACGCCUCCGUCCAUAAAAAAAGUAACGGUACCAUCCAUCAUCAUGGAGGGCGCAUGCUGCAACUAUACCGAGUGAAGCAUGAUCUCUUCUCGGCAUGGAGUGAUGCAUACGGAAAAUUGAUCUCGUACAGCUCUUGUGCCACGUAGACGCAGUACAAUUGUAUUCGAACUGGGUAAUAAUGGCUCCACUGUCAUUUUAGUUAUUCCCUUUGUUUUUUCCGGAACGCUUGUUUUAUAAGCUAAUGAACAGUUUCUUGACUAACGAGGAUAUUGCGGUUUGAGUUUAACUUUUAAAAAAUGUUUAUUUCUUCUUCCUCAGCCAUUCGUUAUGGCUUGCUGUUUUUGUUAACAAUACAAGUAAGGCAUACGUUUUUAAUCGCCCACAAUCUAAAAAUUUUUUAUAUUUUUUUUCGAUUUAUAAGUUUUAUUUUAUUAACAAAGAAUACAGCCACAGUUCUUUCUUUACGGGUGUCGAUGAUUAAUGCUUCGGCAUCAAAGAACGAGUACGUCGUAUCGACACUGGUGCUCACCAUGGAACUCAUCAAACUUUCCAUCGUUCUCACUCUGCUCAUGACGGUUAAAUUGAAAUUUUCCGUUCGAAAGACGUUCCAUCUGUUGUACAAUGAAAUCUUAUGUCGACCAAUUGACACGUUUCCUUUGGCAGUGCCAAGUUUUCUUUACGUGCUACAGGAUAAUUUGAUCAUUUAUGCAUUAUCGUGUGUCGACGCAGCCACCUACCAAGUAACUUAUCAGACGAGAAUCUUGACGACCGCAUUAUUUGCAAGGAUAUUACUUAAUCAAAUACUGCCAAUUAAGAAAUGGCUUUCACUCAUACUGUUGAUGCUUGGGGUCAUUUUAACUCAGCUAAAUUUCAAUGAAGAGAGCGGCGAUAUCAGUUUCCGUUCUGAAAAGGAAGGUUCCGUUUAUUUUUUGGGCAUCUUGGCGAUUUGCUGUGCCACACUAACCAGUGGUUUCGCCGGAGUCUACAAUGAGAAAUUAAUUAAAAAUGGAAAGCAACCUUCCCUGUUAAUAAGAAGUAUUCAACUUAGUUUGUUUUCUGUUUUCUUCGCCUUUUGGGGCGUCCUGUUAAAAGACGGUGAUCUCGUCAGCACACAAGGGUAUUUUUAUGGAUACAGUCCAUUUGUGUGGUUAAUAGCAACGAUGCAGGCCCUCGGAGGAAUAAUCGUGGCGGGAACUAUGAAAUUUGCCGACAACAUUCUGAAAACAUUUGCAACAUCUAAUUCGAUUGUACUGUCGUGCGUUCUUUCCUAUUUCGUACUGGAAGACACUAAUUUAACGCCAACAUUCAUUGUCGGCACAUUUGCAAUCAUAUUGGCUACUUUCUUGUAUACAACUGCCACUGACGAGAAGAGUCACCUGUUGCGGUUAACAGGGUUGCAUUCAGUGACACCACUCAAAUUGUUAUGAAACGAUUUUCAUGUAUAAAAAAUUACGUUGUUACAAUCUAUCAAACCUUUUGAAGGAACCUAGUUCAAACACAAUUUUUGGGUGCAAAAAUGGCUUUUCCAUGUCUUGUACGGACUUAAAAUAGUAGGUCUAUGAGACACAGACACUGUUAAUGAUUUAGUUGUAAAUACGGUAAUACUAAAUUAAUCAAAAAUCGAAUCGGGAAUUACAAAUUUCUAGAAACAAGUUUAAUUUAUCGCAUGAGAUAUCUGACUGUACCAUAAAUUUUCCUUGCCAACCCCAAAAGAAAAAUGUAAUCAACCUGGAAUUACAAUAGUUAUGGGCCGCUCUCAAAGGCAACAGCGGAUUGGGCGCGCGCAAACCAACAUCCUUCUCGUACGUGAUCACGCAUCUGGGCCAUACAAUAAUCGCUCCAUAUCGCAGCUUCUGGAUUGAUCGACUCGCUUAAUUUUUUUAAGACGUUGAAUUUCAGCUCGUGACAGUCUUUGUCUGGCUCAGCCCGUCUGUCGAGUAGAAACUCCAAGAAACCUAUUAUUUAUUAAUUAACGAAUUAUUAAAUUAAGCUAAAGAAAAAAAAAAUCCAUUCAUUAUAUUACCUGGCUGUUGACUCAUGAGCUUUUGAGCCCAAAUUUGAGGAACAAGUUGCAGAAGUAUGCGCAGAGCAGAAAACCUUAAAUCUUUGAAUGGUUGUUUCGUAACGUUCAUAACCAACUGGAUUGGCUUGGAGUCAAGCU